AUGUUCGAUGGCCAAACAUUAUUCGCCGUUAUGAUGAAUAUCAAAAAUUCUUUUUAAUUGAUUUUGACUACGCUAAUUUUUCUCCUUCUGAUGAGCCUUUAAAAGAAUUUUCUGAAAUUGAUCAUGCUCCAGAAAUGCUAAAUAAAAAGCAUGAUUUUAAGGUUGAUAUUUGGGGCGUUGGGAAUUUAGUCGGUUCAUGUAAUGUCACAGGCAUUCCUCAAGAACUUUUGAACUUCAGCAUAGAUUUGUGUAAAAGUAAUCCAGAUAACCGACCAAAUGCUUCGGUUGCCCUUGAUCGGGCAAAAGACAUGUUUAAAGAG